AUGGAAGAAGAGCUUAGCAACUUAAUCAAAGUAUGGCUAACAGUUUUCAUAUCCUUGUGUUAUUGCUACACAACAAGUAAAAUUGUAUCAAAAGGUCUUCAAAGACUGGUUUUGUUACUCCCAAUAGUAUGUCUCUUUCUCUAUCUUCCUCUCAAUCUUUCUUCUGUGACUUUUACUGGUUUGACUGCAUUUUUCAUUGCUUGGCUUGCCAAUUUCAAGCUCUUACUUUUCGCUUUCGAUAAGGGCCCUUUGGCAUCAUCUGAUCAUCACCAUUCUCUUGGGAUUUUUGUGGCCCUUGCUUGUCUUCCGAUCAAGAUUCAACAGAACAAACCUCCAUUGAAAAAACCAGAAGAAUCCGAAUACAGAGAAUGCCAAACACCAUCGAAAUCUUAUGUAAAUGGCCAUAACAAGGAAAACCCUUCUGUCAAAACGCCUGAUAAAGGCCGAGUUUCUCUUCUAAAUUAUGCCAUAAAAGCAGUUUUAUUGGCUUUGGUUAUAAAGGUCUAUGACUACAUUGACUACAUCCAUCCAAAGGUCAUGUGGAUUCUUUACUGCUUUCACAUAUACUUCUUCCUUGAGCUGGUCUUAGCUGUAAUGGCUGCCUUGGCUCGAGUUCUUUUGGGACUUGAGCUCGAGCCACAGUUCAACGAGCCGCUUCUCUCUUCCUCGCUCCAAGACUUUUGGGGUAAAAGAUGGAACCUUAUGGUCACCAACAUCCUACGACCGAGUGUAUAUGAACCAACCCUUAACUUGUUCAAGAAUUUCCUUGGUCGUGAGUGGGCAUCAAUCCCAGCUGUUAUGGCUACCUUCAUGGUGUCUGCUCUAAUGCACGAGCUAGUGUUUUACUACUUAGGGCGGCUGAUGCCCAAUUGGAAGAUCACCGCCUUCUUUGUUCUCCACGGACUGUGUUUGACAGUUGAGAUUGUUUUGAAGAAGGCUGUGGCAGGGAGGUUUCAGCUACCGAGACUGAUCUCAAGAGCAUUAACAGUUGUAUUCGUUUUCAGUACCUGUUUUUGGCUGUUUCUUCCUCAGCUCCUUCGGUUUCAUGCUAAUGUUAAAAUGUUCGAGGAGUGUGCAGCAGUGAGUGCCUUCUUGAGGAAUAUCAUUCAAUCAUUUACUCACUGAAUCUUUCCAAUCAUUAGUCUUCAGGUAAUAAAUUAGUAAUCAAAAAACAAGAGAGUUUGAGAGGUUAUUUAUAUCUCUACUACUGAGUUUGUUUUUCUGUUAUCAUCUUUUUCAUAAUUGGAAGGAGAUGUUCUUGAGAAAGCUCUAACUAAAUGUAGAUCACAUUGACCGAACUACUAUAACUCGUUGCGUGUUCUUCGUGCAA